AUGUCCGAAGCUGCUAAACCCGACCCCUCCGCCGAGCAGGCCGCUGCUCCGGGCGCGACUCUUGUUAAGGAUGAGACCGAGAAGGUUACCACUGCCCCUACCGAAGCUUCCAAGUCUCCCGAGAAGCAGGAGGAUCAGCCUGCGGCCUCUGUUACCGAGACCGUGACCAAUGCCGCUACGAGCACUGCUGCCGCCGUCAAGGACAACGUCUUCUCCAUGUUUGGUGGCGGACCCAAGAAGGAGAAGCGCGAGGAAGAGGACGACGUUGAUGAGCCGUCAGGUUCCUCGAAGAAGAAGGAGGCUGCCGAUGUACGUGUCUUUAUCUCGCAAGACGAGAAUCCCGAGCAAGAAGUUGACGUCCACUUCGAGCCCGUCGUCCGCCUGACCGACAAGGUCGAGACGAAGACCAACGAGGAGCUCGAGGAGCAAGUCUUCAAGAUGCGCGCCAAGCUGUUCAAGUUCGACCGCGAGUCUAGGGAGUGGAAGGAGAGGGGCACUGGCGAUGUCCGGUUACUGAAGCACAGGGAGAAUGGCAAGACUCGUCUGGUUAUGCGUCGGGAUAAGACUCUCAAAGUCUGCGCCAAUCACUACGUCGUUCCCGAUAUGAAGCUCUCCCCAAAUGUCGGCAGCGAUCGCAGCUGGGUGUGGAAUGCCGCCGCCGACGUCAGUGAGGGUGAGCCUGAGGCUCAGACACUUGCUAUCCGUUUUGCCAACAGCGAGAACGCCAACGCUUUCAAGGAGGCUUUCAUCAAGGCCCAGCAGGAGAACGAGGCCCUUUUCCAGACAGCUGAGAAGCCUUCCGACAAUGAGCCGUCCCAGGUAGAGGGAUUCCCGAUGCGGCAAUGGAGCAUCGAGCUCUGGCUUCUGGACGACAAUGGAAACGAGGUGCCGGCCAACGUGUUCGAGAAGGCGGUGUACAACCUCCAUCCUUCGUUUGAGAGGGCGAGACAGACCUUCAAGAAACCCCCGUUCCGCAUCGAGGAAAAGGGUUGGGGAGAGUUCGACAUGACCAUCGUGCUCACGGCGGCGCAUAAAGGCGGCGAACACACCUUGCACCACGACUUGAACUUCCAGGCAGAGAGAUACGAGGCCAAGCACCAGGUGACCUUCAAGAACCCGAAGCCCGAGUUGCUGGCUCUAUUGGCGGAGUCUGGGCCUGCGGGCGAGAAUGGCGUGAGGGGCAAGGGCGAUGCGGGGAAGAAGAAGGGGAGGAGGGACAAGAAUGUCGACAUGGAGAAACUCGCAGACGGGCUCCAGCGCCUCACGGAAGACGACUUACUCCACGUCGUGCAACUGAUCCACGAGAACAAGACGGCCGAUUCGUACACUAAGAAUGACGUUGAGAACGGCGAGUUCCACGUCGAUCUCUACACCCUCCCCGAUUCGCUCGUCAAGAUGCUCUGGGAAUUCACCUCCGAGAAGAUAGGCCUGUAG